GGUGUGGCCAGCCUCAUUUGACGUUUACAUUUUUUGUGCCGUGAAUCACAAUCAACUUUGUUUAUCAAAACAAUCGGUUUUGUGGGUGUUUUGGGGCCUCUUGGCACUGUUGGGUUGAUCGGACUCGCCCCCGCCCCCACAACCCAUCAUUACGAUGAACCAUGUUACAGUUUUGGAGGAAAUCAAAAGCCGGCAAUGACACGAAAUGCGCAGCCCCAGCGGUGACGCCGCGGCCCCGGCCCCCGAAGCCGCCCCCUCUGGACCUCGAUAUCGAUGAGUUUGAGGCAACGAGGUCACGGCUAUGUCGGACCUUGGACGAGGUUUUGGGCGAUAAGGGGGCUCUGGGCUACUUUACCCAGUUUAUGGAGGCGCGAAACGCCGCCAAAUUUAUCAAUUGUUGGGGGGACAUUGAGUCGUUUAAGUGUGAGAUAAGUACGGAUUGCGACUCCAGUGACACCCAAAAUUCGAGUGAUUCGUGUGAAUCUAGUCUAGUUGAGGGCGCUGUUGCGAUUUUUAAAAAGUACAUAGCUCAGGAGUCCGCUCACAAUGUUAAAUGCCCCGAGUCAGUUCGUAACGAACUCGUUGAAAACAUUUGUGACUUGGAGAAAAUCGCCAGUUGUUUGGACCCCGUUCAGAGUUUCGUUACCGAAGUCAUGGAGAAGGAGUAUUUUGAGGCGUUUUUAGCCAGCGAUUAUUUCUGCAAAUACCAGAUCGAUGUUUUGACGAGUGGCCAAGUGGCCCUUGACGAUAUUCUCUACAACGAAACGGCGCUUUUCUACUUUAUGGAGUUUCUCGAACAGGAGAAUUCGUGCAAUUUGUUGGAGUUCUGGAUCGCUGCCACCAACUUGCAGCAACAUUUGACCAAUCAAAAGGAGUUUUUUGACCCAAUUGAGGCCCAAAAUGACGCUGUUGUGCUCUACGAUAAGUAUUUUUCGCUGCAAGCCCAUUGUCCGUUGGGUUUCGGCGAUAAAGUUCGCUUCGAAAUCGAACAAAAUAUUUGCGGGGAGAACGGACUUGUCUUGGAUUGUUUCAAGUUGCCCUUGAAAAUCGUCGAACAAGUGUUGGAGAAAAACUAUCUCAAACCGUUUUUGGAGUCACAGUUAUUUUGCAAAUAUCUGUCCGAGUUGAUAAACACCGUUCAGUCUAACGAUUAUUUUAAUCUCGAGAAUAAUCGGACGCUUUCGUCCGAUUGCAGCAGCGAGAAGAGUUUCAGUACAAAUAGCGCAUUUCUAGCGUUAGAGUUAAACUUUAAUAAUAAUAAUUGUAAAAAGAAGGAUAAAAACGCAGAUAUGAGUAUCGACACGAGGCAGUUGUGCGACCCCGAUUCGCUCUGGAAGAGGAGACGAACGCACAGAUUAUCCUGUGGGAGGAUCACAGCUUUGGGUAAAUUUGAAACUGAUUUGGAGCCAGAACCUGAUCGGAAAAGUUUCAAGUUUAAAAAUGUUGUCAAGAAGUUUGUGAGUCUCGACGAGGAUAAAAGGAAGGAAGAAAUGGCCUGGCAAGUGGCCGAAAUGAUCGUCAAAGAUAUUACAAAUGUUACUCUAAAUCAGGAAAAACCAUCAUCUUCAUUGUGAUAAUGUCAGAGAGCUCAAAAAUGUUGUAUGUACGGCGGCGUGUGAUAGAAACUUCCCACUUUUUUUCAAAGGCUGUGUUUCCCCCCGUGAAUUGAGUUGGUAGCGCUGCGAUCGGAUGGCUCUGUAGGUUAGUCAUUGGAUUUUAUUAUUUUUGUAUGAUUGCAUUUGUUUGUAAAUACUUCUUUAAUGUAUAAACAUAUUUAUAUAAUAAAAUAUUUUAACUAGUUGGCGGUUUUAUUUUUAUAUUAAAAGGCGUAACUCCUUGGAUUGAAACAUUUCCAUUUCAGUCUUAUAAUGAAUUAAACGUAUUUGAAAUUUAGUUAAAAUUCUACAGCACGCCACUGAGAUAAAAUUGUGUGAUCUCGACAAAAAAAUCUUCGCAAAAAAGACGAUUUGUCGUUGAAAUAUCUACCCUUUUUUGUCGCCGCUUACGAAAUGAUAAGGUCAGUGCGGGUUGUGUCUUUCUAUGCGAGCGUUGUUACCGCAAGAUUUAUCGGAUAGUGUAACUUAGUGCGAGUGCUUGGUGCAAAAAUGUGGUCAAAUACCGAAUUUCCCGAAUUGCGCAAGAGUCACGACACCUUUUUUCAAUGUAAGGUAAGUCAGGAGUUACUCCAAUCAAACAUCUCGCAACAAACAUUUUGGUUAAAAAGUGCGUUCAACCGUUUAUUUAGGGUGUAUCAAAAAUACGUGUGUUAAGUUAAUAAAUCUCUAAAAGGGCCGUUUAUAGAAAACUUUCUUAAAAUGUAAUUCGUUGUUAAAAAGCGCGAAUGGACCAAUCACAUUUGUUCAGUUUGGUCACGUGACCGCUGAUUUUGGUCACAAAAUGAAAAACCCAUUUAAUUUGAAUGAUUUAUUCAACUAAGGCGUUGAAAAUAACAUUUGGCGAAAACUCAGCUCGCUGCCGCCGCUGCCUGGAAUGUGAAUUAUUCAAUACUUAAUUCUUUAAUUGUUUGCCCUUUUUUAAUGCUUCUUCUUUUUUUUGCUUACUUGUCUCCCGCCUCCUGGAUAAGCAAAAAUUAAAAUUAACUGGACGAAACACAGCACAAACCCAGCCACGUUUUGAACCUUGAAACGUAGAAAUUAAUAAUUUUCCCACAAUUAGUUCAAACUCACAAGCAUGAAUUCAUUUUUUAAAAUAAUGGCGUACAAAAGCCACGAGAAGGUCACCAAAGUCGCCAUUAAUGUUAGAACGAAGGGGAUUUCAGAGGCGUCUUUUUUCUCGAUGAUUUCUUUCUGCGAUUAAAAGUUAGGGGGCUAAAAUGUUUUGUUUUGAUUACGUACAACUCCGAGAAGGGGGCUCCCCAAAACGGCAAGCAUCAGUAUUGUGACAAUCAAUCCGUAGCGAAAUUCGACCACUGAGGGGCUCUCAUACUCGCAAUAGCCCCACAAGACCGCAACAAAAGCCAUGCUUAUGGAGAGGGGCUUCAGGAUUUGCUUCCACUUGUCAUUCGAGUAAAAAUAAUAGACGAUGCAGUAAAUUACGUUAAGGACGAUUGCGAAUAAGUUUACUAGCAGCAUGUUUUCGUCCCCAAGCAUCAAACCAUAUUUCAGCAUUGCCAACCCUCUUAUAAUAAUUAAAAAUUAUUAUUUUUUUCUUCUACUAAAGAUAAUUGUGACUUACAACAUGAUACCGCCCACAAACGGCAUCGAAUUCACACCGUCAGUGUUGCCUUUUUUGUAAAUGUCUCUACAAAUGAAAACCCCCGAGAAAAAUUGCAGAAUUGUGAGGUAACUGGCCACCGUCCCCACGGUGUCUUUGUGGGGCUGUAGCGUCUGCGAGAGUGACUCCAUUGCGAACUAAACAACCUGAAA